CAUUAAAAUAUUUUUUCUAUAUAUAUAGAUACAGACGCCGGUAUGUAUAGAUUGAAUCCACGCUUCAUUUUACCACUCGAGGAAAAGUGCCGCGACUUUUCGGCUCCAGAUUCCGAUUUCCGCAUGGCGACCGAGACGGCUGACGGAAUCCAGCCACCGCCGCCGCCGUCAGUCGCGCCGACGGAGUUCCGGGGGUCAGAAGGAUCGGUAAUUCACACGACUCUGGCCAUGAUCAUCUGGCUCGGAGCUAUCCACCUCAACGUCGCUAUCGUCAUUGCUUCCUUCCUCUUCCUUCCUCUUCCCAAGUUCUUCGUGGUAUUGGGGUUGCUUGUGAUUUUUAUGGUGAUUCCAAUGGACGAUAAAAGCAAAGGGGGUCGGAAAUUAGCAAGGUAUAUCUGCAAACAUGCUUGUGGCUAUUUCCCAGCGACUUUACAUGUGGAGGAUAUCAAAGCCUUCGAUCCAAACCAGGCCUAUGUUUUUGGCUUUGAACCGCAUUCAGUUUUGCCCAUUGGCGUUGUUGCACUUGCCGAUCUCACAGGCUUUAUGCCUCUUCCAAAAAUUAAGGUCCUUGCGAGUACUGCUGUGUUCUACACACCAUUCCUCAGACAUAUAUGGACAUGGUUGGGACUUGCACCUGCUUCAAGGAAAAAUUUUGUCUCCUUAUUGGCAGCUGGUUAUAGCUGCAUCAUAGUGCCGGGUGGAGUGCAGGAGAUAAUUCACAUGGAACACAGCUCUGAGGUUGCAUUUCUAAAAUCAAGAAGAGGAUUUGUACGCAUAGCUAUGGAGAUGGGCCGGCCCUUGGUUCCAGUUUUUUGUUUUGGUCAGUCAUACGUCUAUACGUGGUGGAAGCCUAGUGGGAAACUGUACAUGCAAUUUUCUAGAGCUAUUAAAUUCACCCCGAUUAUCUUCUGGGGUAUCUUUGGGUCUCCGUUACCUUAUCGACAUCCAAUGCACAUUGUGGUUGGUAGACCAAUUGAAGUCAAGAAAAAUCCAAAUCCCACCAUGGAAGAGGUCAAUGAAGUACACAGCCAAUUUGUUGAAGCGCUUCACGACCUCUUCGAGAGGCACAAAACAAGGGCUGGCUAUCCGGAUCUUCACUUGAGAAUUCUUUGAUCAGAGAUUCCAAUUGACAACCCAUACCCGCAAAAACUCCCACCGUUACACCAUAUGUAUACUAAAUCUGUGGUGUUUGUCAUUUCUCUGUACUUCAUUCAGUUAAUUAACUUAAAAGACCACGUUGAUAAAUGGAUGUAAUGGUGUAACAGUUCAGGUUCUGAAGCUUUUUAGGUGCUUUAAGUACCUGAAUAUAGUUCUUAAAAUAGUUGGAAGUUCCUUCUGUAAA